CAGACCUAUUUGACUGAGGGAGGUUUCCCGCCAUGAACAAGCAGCAGUUGACAAGAACCCAGUUUGGGAGACAGCCAGCCCACAUAGUCCUGGUUGACUUCAGCCCUCCCUUUGGUAGUGACAGCUGCUGUCAGGUACAGCAGGCACUACAGGACAUCCUGGCACUGACAGCAAACAUCACAGGCCCACCCAGGGUCCCCUUCUUUGGGCUGUUUGCCAUCGGAACCUACCCAGAACUGGAGUUGAUGGUGGUGACCUGUCGUCACAGUAACAUUGUGAACAGGGAAGUGGAGAAGGUGUGCUGUGUUCUGGACAUGGAUGUACUCAAGAAGGUACAGGUGGUGUGUAUGAGCCAGCCAGAGGACCUGGGAGCCUCGGAUCUUGAUAUAUUAGAAGACAGUCCCAGUAACAACACUGCCAGUGGAGGUGAAGCUGGACUAAGCUGUGGAAUGGUGGAUGUGGUACAUCUAGACAAUGAUGGAGUGAGCCUGCACCAGUUCCUGAAGAGUUGGCUGGUGGACAGUGGGACAGACAGGGAACAUCUACAUCUUACACUGCCAGGCAUGGCAGGUAUUGGAGCUCUGACCAUGAAGUGUGACCUGUCUGAGAGAAUCCUGGACCCUACAAACCUGCUGCAGCCUCUCAACUUUGCAUUGUUACCAGAUAACUUUGCCAAGAGUUCCAGCACUUCUGCCCAGAGUAGGACUACAGGUUCAGCUGUACCUGUCUACAAACUCACUGCUGUCAAACUAGUCAACACAGACAGCAUAUGUGAAUCUGUGGUUUACGGAAUGCCCCUGGUAGUUACUGCCACCUCCUGCUGGAAGUUAGACUGGGAAGAGUUGGAAUCAAACCAGACAAACUUCCACGCUCUCUGCCACAUGCUGCAGGAAAAGGGUCUAGCAAUCCUGGCAACACGAGAUCCUCCCCCAGCAGGCCAGUACCAGCAGAAGUCUCCCCGUCCCUCCCCCAGAGCACACUUCCUCCUCCUCCCCUCCCAGUCCACCUCUCUGCUGAUCAAACCUGUGGCUGUGGGAGAACUGCUGCUGCCCUGUGACUUCAUCCGUCCUGCUGAGGCACCUGCACAGGAGGCCAUGGACACUGUGGAGAGUUCCGUAGCUCAGCUUGAGGUGGAGGAUAUGUUCAACCCCCUCCUGGUGAAGUCAGGCCUGUACAACUGUCUGACUCCUCAUGUCAGACAACCAACCACAGGGCAGCAGGCAAAACACAGGUUUCAGUACUCAGCUACUCCCCAGGCCCCUCAAACCUCAAUGUCUUCAGGUUCAAGACAUGCUCCUCAGCCAGUGAGAGGUACUCAGACAAACCAAGGGUCCUCCAAUCAGAAGGGAGCAUCAUUCAAACGGCCCGACAACAAUCAAAGGGGACGCUUCUGUCCACCAAAGGCAAAGAAGAGCAGGGUGUUAGAACAAGAUGACAUGUUCCCAGAUUUCACCCCUGACUUUUGAAAGUAAUAUAUUAAUCUAUGUUAAUUAAUAUAUAGCAUCAAAGAAUUUCAAAAUGAUAUGUUAUUUGGAAUUUGUUGGUAAUGUAUUAUGAAUAGCCAAAGUUUCGAGGCAUGUUUUAAGUAGUGUAUUUGCUUGUAUUAUACGUUCGAUUAAAAAGGAAAGAUAUCUACAUAAUGUAUGCUAAGCAUGCUUAUAGAGUACUGUAGUCUGCCUUUAGACUGGCAAGCUUUGCUUUGUGCCCAUAUAUAGCAUUAUGUUUU